GCAGUGCCGUAUAAGCGUAACGCUAACUGUAUUGGCUUGUUGCAGAAUUAACAAGUUUAUUUAUUGAACACUUUGAGGAAUGAAAGCACUCUUUUCUCUUACAUCUAUCUGUGCGUAAUGUAAAAAAAUUACUUAAAUAUAAGACAACAUUUGAACACGUAAAUCUAUAUUUAAGUUUAGUUGGAUGCUCCGACUUGGAUGCUCCAGUUUGCUCCAGUUUUUAGUACGAGCCUGACUCAAAGGCGUCAGGUAGAAUGUAAAAUCAAUGGUAGUGUACGUUAAUUUGAGGAAUUGUUUACUCAUCAAUUAAUUCUUCACUGUGAAUGCAACAUUCUGUUCUCGAUACGCCGAGAAUCGCUCAAGAUGAGCGUAUGCGGGCUCAGCGACUUGAGAGAAACUAUCUGUGACUUAGCAAUACGAGAAUACUUCGAUUUGAUGUGAUAUAACCUGUUCUUUUGUGUCACCGCUCCACGCCACAUGUUGACUCAUGCAUUUGUCGCUGCACAUUCCGAACGAAUAGUUCACGUCGCUAUAUUAAGAAACAGCGAUUGAAAAUUUUUGUCGAUAAAAUACCAUGUCCACGAUUACAAUGAUCGUGCCUUUUUUGUUUUUCUACUGUGUUUACGUCGUAUGUGCUCAACAGUACGAAGGCUGCUUCCAAAAUUCUUUUACGGAUUCGGAUUUAUCGUUAAGAAUUAAUCUGAAAUACGUCAAUACGUCUGCCGAGUGUAUCGAGAAAUGCCGUUCUCAAUAUUACAUAUUUGCGGGAUUGAUGAAUGGACAACAGUGUUACUGUUUGAGCAAAUUCGGCAGGAAUGGUCCAUCAGACCGCUGCUUUCCUUGUGCCACAGAUUCUAGUAAUUUUUGCGGCAGCCACGAAGCUAUGAGCGUUUACUCCACCGGUCAGCAAGGGCCAAGUCCACCGAGAGGAAUACAAGUAACCCGGGAUGACAUAGACGCUCUAAUAAUAACAUGGCUACCGCCCGACAUGCCCAACGGAAACAUUAUUUCUUAUACUAUUCGCGCUGUAGCCGUGCAAACGUACGCAACGAACCCGUUAUCGCCCAUCGAGAGUCAGAUUCAAGGAGGCGCAUCGAACACUACGACUCUGCGAAAUCUUCAACCUGGCACUAAAUACAACAUAUCCAUUACUGCCAGUAACACGCAAGGGUCCAGCGAUCUGGCGUACAUCACAGAAUGGACUUCGAUAGGUCCCCCCGAGAAACCAGUUGUGCCGAAAAUAUUGGAGCGAAAAGACAACAGUAUAAUUGUUGCGCUUACCAAAGGGCGCAGCGAAAACGGACCGAUCACCGCGUAUCAAGUGGUCGUCGUACAAGCCGGCACUAUACCUCCGACCGACUCUGACGUUGAGUACGCCGACUACAAGAGCGCAGUGAAUCAGGGAUUAAGUUACUACGUUACCGCGCAGUUUGACCCGUCAGAUUUCAACAUAUACAAGGAGUUUACCGUGGGCGACGGUAAGAUAAUCGGGAGUUAUCACAAUGCUCCGCUAAAAGAUUAUUUCACUUCCGCGCAGAUCGGCUUGGUGGUAAUUUCGCGCGUAAAACUGGAAAUACAACGUUCUUACUCCGAUCUAGCGAAUGCAUUCAAGUAUAAAGAGACAGGCGCAUCAAAUCGUAUGGAUUCGACCAUUCUCGUGCUUUGCAUAGCGAUCACGCUUCUCAGUAUACUGCUCGCCGUGUCGAUAUUGGUAUACUUUGUCCUGCGACGGCGACACGAGAGAUUUAACAUGCGAAAGCUGCCCGAGCAGCAAGAGCUCACGUUGCAGGGCCCGGUGCACGAGGUGGACAACAUGGCUUACAUUCCCGAGGACAUGCCCGAGAGAGUGAAUCAUUAUCAAGAGCUGAAGAAGAAAGUGUGGGCGAUACCGCGAAACGCUCUGUCCAUCGAUAACUUUACCGUGCGCAGAGGACGAUUCGGCACCGUGCACACCGGCACCGUUACGAAGGACGACGAAUCCUGCUUGGUGACGGUCCAUACCAUCGCUGACGGCGCCUUGAAAGGGUCCGACAAGAGACACAUGUUGAGAGAACUGGACGUGUGCAUCCGAGCGGGCUCCAUGAAAUAUCUCGCUGGUCUCGUGGGCACCUGCGAGACUCCCGACACGUUGUACGUUGUGCUCGAAAUGCCGCUGCAGAUCUUGAAGAGUCGUCUGUUAGGCUCACGAUCAGGGGACAUGUUCCCGACUGAUCGGAUACUGUCUAUCUCAUCUUCGGUAGCGGCCGCCUUGCAGUAUCUCGCGAGUCACAAGAUCGUUCAUACUCAAUUAUGCGCACGAAGCGUAGGAUUGUCAGCCGAUUGGGCGCCCAAACUUAUGGGUCACGGCAUCGCGAGAUACGCGUUAGAGGACGUGAAGUACACCAGGUGGACGGCGAUCGAAUGCUUCGACAAUCAGAAGAAGCAACAGUCGAGCGUGAUCUGGGCGUUCGGUGUACUUUUGUGGGAGAUAUUCAGCAUGGGCGGCACACCGUACUCGAAUCUAACGCUCGACAGCGAAGUGGAAGAUGCGAUUAUGCAGGGGGUGCGAUUACCGCAACUGUCGGAUGUGCCAGAUCCGAUUUACGAAGUCAUGUCGUCCUGCUGGCGAAAUGAUCCGGAAGAGCGACCGACGUUCAACGAACUUACACGGCUGGACACUUUGAGCAUUUGUCCCAUCACCGCAAUCACAGAGCCUUAUUUGCCAGAGUUAGAACUGAAUUAGUAUUCUCACUUACGUACAUUUAUGCCUACAUUUACUUAAUGAUACAUCGAAUUUCAAUUUGUAAAUAUCAUAUCUGUGUUCAUGAGAAUCUCGCAAUCUCGUUUAACGCGCACUAUACAUUUUUAUCGUUACCAACGUAUACUAUUUUUAGCGUACGUACUUAUCGUUAAUACGGUACGUAUAUUUCACCUGAUAUCCUAAACUUAAAUUUUAUUACAAUUAGUAAGUAAUAUAUAGAAAGGUAAGACAAAAGUAUUGAUGCAGUUCCGUCCAUGUUUCAUAGAAAAUCGCUGAUAUUAAAAUAAGGUUAAUGAGUUUAGAUAAAGAACAAAGUUGAGAUAAAAGAUACGAAAUGAUAUGAAUAUAAUCUCAUAUUAGUUAAAAAUAUAUAAUAAAAAUUUUUUUAUACUUUAUUUUAUUAUAUGAAUUUUUAGGUUUUUGCACUA